AACUCAUCCUGUUGCGAGCUUCACCCACGAUUCCAGCUGUUGUUGAAGCAUCUGACCCGUUGAUUGUUUUUUGCAUCUUCAACCACAGGACAUACACCACCAGCCAUGAAUACAAUGGGCCUAUCCCGAGCUCUUACGAGCAGUAGCUGGCGCGCGGUAUCGUCCACUCGGACAGCAGCACCCAGCCGCGCGGGGUCCUUCGCCUUGCGAUGCUAUGCGACUCGCGCCGCAAAGACGACGACUGCCUCUGCCACUGUCACCACCCUGAAAGCCACCGCGGCUGUAAAGAAGACAAAUGCAACCACCACCGCCGCCACGAAGAAGAACGUCAGCACCUCCACCGCUGCAAGCAAGAAGACCACCACAGCCACCGCUGCUGCGUCCAAGACAAGCUCGACCAAGGCCACCACGACUGCGAAGACGACUCCCGUCGCCGCUUCGAGUACAACCCCCAAAGUCACAAGGAUUGUAAAAAAGACUGCUGCUUCUACAACUGCCACAAAAACCGUCACCCCGGCAACGGCCAAGAAGACGACCCUGAACAAGGCCGCUACCGUUGUCGCUUCCGCCGCCGCCCCGAAGACGUCCACCCCUGUCCCAAGCUCUGCGCCUACCACAAGCCCUGCGGCAACGACAGCAACAUCGACACCAGCGAGCGCACCGAGACCGACUCAGCCUAUUACUCCUAUAUCUCCUGCCCCUUCCCCGUCCCCGCCCCGUGUGCCGGAGGCCGAGGUCCGCCCGAAGCUGAGCCCGAACAGCAAGGAAUACCGUAAGGCGUACGGAACGGCAGCAAGGAAGUGGACCUCGGCCAUGGUCGCCAUGCCCAUUCUGCUCGUCACCUCCUACUACCUCUUUGACAGAUUGGCCCUGGGGAACCAGCCAAAGGUAAUGCCGGAUUUUGAAAAAGCCAGAGAAGAUGCCGAAGUAGAAGCAGAGGCAGUGGCGCAAGCCAAGGUGGCCCCUAAUGCCUAAUUACAUUGUCAUGAUUUUGAUGAAUACCCACUCUCCAUUCCACUUGCUGGACGUUGCAUGGCCGUUGCUAGUUCUCGCCUUGUCUUUGCUGGUGCUCUCUAGUUCCCACUUGUGAGCCUGGGGCAGGUAAGGUGGUGU